AUGGCCUAUUCAAUGCAAGAUCUCAUCGCUCAGCAAGGACAGGCCCUCUGCACCCGCAACAAUUUAUACAUAGGCCAAACCGGAGUCACGACCGCACAAUCGGAGGCAUCACGAGCGGCCAACAAGGCGAACAGCUCCGAACCAACCAGGGCCGACUCUAAGCUUCAAGGCUUCGAACUGUCAGAUGCAGUGAGACGAUUGAUGCGCCAUGUGCCGCAUCCCGUUGCAGUCAUUACAGCGACCGACGUUGGCAUCAGCCCGGAGGGAGGCCCACGAGGAUGGCGCGGAGCCACCGUAUCUUCCUUCAAUACUGUAGCUCUUCUCCCUCGGCCAGUUGUGUCAUUCAACAUCAAGAAAAUAUCUUCCACCUUCGACGCCAUCCGAAGUUCUGGCCACUUUUACGUUCAUUUGUUGUCCGAAGAGGCCGACGAGGCCCAUCGAAUAGCCUCGAAGUUCACCAAGGGAAACGCGAGCUACCCAUUUCAUGAUGACAGCGGAGAGCUGGAGAGAUUUGCGCUCGUCAACGCCGAGGUGCAACAACAGACGGCUGGUACCAAACCAAUGCCGCCAAUUCUGCAUUUCGAGAACGACGCCGGUGAUUUGGUCGUCCCCUUUCGUCUGCAAUGCCGUUAUUUGCACGACAAGAUCGUGGAGAUAGGAGACCACGUGGUUCUAUUUGGCGAGGUCGACCAUGUGUUUCAUGAUGUUGCGGCAUUUCGUGAUCAAUCUCCAGACCAUCCUAUUCCUUGUCUCGCUUAUGUCGAUGGCUCUUAUUGUCGAGUCGCCGCAAAGGCCAAGUUGUCAUGA